AUGUCAGAAUCUAUAGUGCAAAAUUUUGCAGCUUAUGUGCAAGCUGCAAUAUAUUACUUCCUGGCGUUGCCUUUCACGCAGCAGAUAUCUAUUAUUGUUAUCAUUCCAUUCCUUUACUCUCUUGCAUGGCAGUUCACGCAAUCUUUGCGUAAGGAUAGAGUACCUAUGGUUCCAUACUACGUUCCAUGGGUUGGUUCGGCAGUGGCAUAUGGUACCAGGCCAUACGAGUUUUUCGCAGAGUGUCAACAGAAGUACGGUGAUGCGUUCUCUUUUAUGCUGUUAGGAAAGGUUAUGACUGUUUACUUGGGUACUAAAGGCCAUGAGUUCAUUUUAAAUGCCAAGCUUGCGGAUGUUUCUGCAGAAGCAGCUUAUACAAAGCUUACCACUCCAGUUUUUGGUGAAGGUGUGAUCUACGAUUGUCCUAACUCCAGACUGAUGGAGCAAAAGAAGUUUUGUAAAAACGCUCUUUCUGUCGAGGCUUUUAGAAAAUACGUUCCGAUUGUUGAGGAAGAGGUCAGGAACUAUUUAAACACUUCUAAACACUUGCAGCUCGAGUCAAAGGACGAGGGUGAUAUCGAUGUUAUGGAAACGCAGCCUGAGAUGACUAUUUUUACCGCUUCUCGUACUUUGCUCGGGGAAGAGUUGAGAGCUAAGUUGAACACCAGUUUUGCCCACUUAUAUGCCGACCUGGACAAAGGGUUUACACCUUUGAACUUUGUAUUCUCUUACCUGCCUUUGGAUAACUUCCGUAAGAGGGACAAUGCUCAAAAAAUCAUUUCUUCUACAUACUUGGAACUGAUCACUAAAAGACGGAAGUCCAACGAUAUUCAAGAUCGUGACUUGAUAGAUGCCCUUCUAAAGUCUUCUACCUACAAGGAUGGUGUCCGGAUGACCGACAAAGAGAUUGCUCAUCUGUUGAUCGGUGUGCUUAUGGGUGGUCAGCACACCUCCGCCGCAACCUCAGCCUGGAUGAUGCUCCAUCUCGCGGAAAGACCAGAUCUACAGCAAGAGCUUUAUGAAGAACAAAUGCGUGUUCUAGAAGGCGGCAAAAAAGAACUCACCUACGACUUGCUACAAGAAAUGCCCUUAUGCAACCAAGUUAUCAAGGAAACCCUAAGGAUGCACCAUCCUUUGCAUUCCUUGUUCCGUGAGGUAACAAACGAUAUGCCCGUCCCAAAUACCCAAUAUAUUGUUCCAAAGGGCCACUACGUUUUGGCUUCGCCAGGUUUCUCCCAGCUCUCCGACGAAUAUUUCCCCAACGCUAAGGAAUUCAACCCUCACAGAUGGGAGUCCGAAUCUACCCCCGUUGCUGACGGAGCACAGGUUGACUACGGUUUUGGUGCUAUCUCUAAAGGAGUUUCCUCCCCCUACUUACCCUUCGGUGGUGGAAGACAUAGAUGUAUUGGUGAAGGAUUCGCCUACAUGCAGCUGGGCACAAUUCUAUCUGUAUUAGUAAGAACAAUGACUUGGAGCCUCCCACCACACAUGAAGGCUAUUCCAAAGCCUGACUUCGCAUCGAUGGUUACCCUCCCCAAACCACCAGCAUGUAUACACUGGGAAAAGCGGGUCAGCCACUGA